CCCGGAAGUUCACUUCACAACAUCAACUGGCGAGGGGGAAAAGAGGGGAGGACACGGAGAAAAGAAGUAGCUUUAAUUAAAACACCAAAGUGACUUUUCCAAACAACCCUUUGGAGUAAUUUCAGGCGUCCUUUUAACAUUUUCAAACUCACUUUGCAAAUGUUCUGAGAGCAGAUAGUGUCACAUGGAGGCUAUUGUAAAGAACGUGCAGCGGACCACGGAGCUACUCGCUGUGUCGCAGACAGAGACGGUGCAGCGGUGGGACAAACAGACCCUGGACAGAGCCUUCCAAUGGACUCAGUACUGCCAACACGUCUACACAAGGUUCCAUGCAAAUCCGACCGUCAGGGACAUCUUGGAAAAACAACUACAGGUGACAAACGAAAGUUUACGAACAACUUUUCAUGGGUAUACGGACAUCACGUUUUCUGACCUGUCGCAGUGUCAACACUUGCUGCUUGUGGGGUUACUAAACAACGCCGCUGUUCCGAGCUCAGUCGUCAAACUACUUUUCGACACUAUAACUGUUGGAGGUAAAUAUAAGGACGCCACCGGUCAUUGCACUGAACUCAUAGAAGUGAAAUCAGCAUGUAAAGUCUUAAACGCCAUUCAUUUGAAACGCAGUACGUCCUUUCCCGGUCCCGAUGCUGACGUGUUAGGCAUGACACUGAUGGAGAUGUUGGAUAUCCUGCUCUCUCCAGCGACUGGCGGGUCCAAGGUGGGCCUAGCAGAGAAGUUAUUGGACAACGUCUUACAAACCUGUGGUGAAAAUGAAAACUUCUCAGGAGUCGUUGCUGCUGCUCUCCUGUCAAGGAAAAACGACAAAACGGCAACAACAACAAAAAUGGCUCCAGAAGGAGUUUCAUUCCACUUUAUCCUGGAUUGGCUGCAGCAACACCACAGUUUACUCCAUAAUAUGUGUUCCACGUUGCCUAUUGGUCUUUUGACGGACCUCCACCAGCAGUCGGUGAGGUUUAGAGUGACCUACGGUAACAUGUUGAAGCAAUGGGGGUCACAGUUGGAGUAUGACGUGGGAGAAGGAGAGUGGGUUCAAAUGUAUACCACCGACGGGGUGUCGUUCACGACACUGUCUGACCAUUAUAGGUCGUUGCUAGGGGCUUGUCCGUCAACAAAGGAGGACGUUGAGAGAGAGCUGACAGAACUGAAGGUUGCAGAUGGGGACUUUGAUGUUAGAGGUCUGAGUGUUUGGGGUGACCUCCUCUCUGAGCUGAACACGGUCUGAGUGUUUGGGGUGACCUCCUCUCUGAGCUGAACAAGGUCUGAGUGUUUGGGGUGACCUCCUCUCUGAGCUGAACAUGGUCUGAGUGUUUGGGGUGACCUCCUCUCUGAGCUGAACAUGGUCUGAGUGUUUGGGGUGACCUCCUCUCUGAGCUGAACAAGGUCUGAGUGUUUGGGAUGGUCUUUUUAUUUUUUAUUUUAUUUUUUUACCUGAAACGUUAAUUAUCUAAAAACGUGUAAAACGUCAUCCGUUGCCAUCAGUUGAUACACAACAUGUUCUUGAGUACAGGGUAAUGCAACAAAUUAAAAAGAAAAUCAGUUGACUUGUUUUUAGAUAAUUUACAUUAAUUUAAAGGUAAAAAAAUAUAUUUUUAUUUUAUAAUUUUUUAAAUAAAAAUAAACUAUGAAACAGUUUGACAACUCUGUUUGUAAGCUUGUAAAUGAAAUCAAACUCCAACCUUUUAUCUUUUCCAGUAAUGAAGACAUUACUGGAAAAGUAAUGGGGUAUGCAGAAUAGGUCAACUUUGAUCACUUAUCUCCUGAAUGUUUUGGUAACUUUCUGACCACUUCCCUCCUUGGGCAAACAUGUACGGAAAGUUUUUUAAUUUUUUAAAAAUGAAAUCUGUCAAAAAGUGAAUUUAAAUGGAUUUACCCCCUCUCUUGAGCAGAACAAAGCCAUGUGUAGCCUCAUCAGUAUCCUGUCAUCGGGCAGUCAGUGUUCGUUGGACAAAUGCGGACGUUUGGCCUCGUUAGAUACAAUUGAUUUAAAUUGAUUUGUUAAAGGAUGCAUGUUUUUGUGCUAAUACAUUCAUAUACGUUUGUAUCAAUAACAGAAUAAAGAGGACUUUCAUUAA